UUACGUGUAGGUGGCAGUCAAUGAUGUUCUAACAGUUGCUGAUAUGAAGUUGUGCCAGCCAAUGAUGUGUAAGUGAUGUUCUGUGUUUUGGGAUGGUAGAUGGAUAUAAGGAAUUUUAAUCUUUAUGACAGUUAAGUUUUCAAUUGCUUUUCUCUUUCUGGGUUUUGUUUCAAACCAACUGGAUCCUGAAUGCUAUUUGUUGCUUCAUUGGUUUGUAAUUUGCUAGGUCUUUGUCAACCUCAUGUUUGUCCAAUGCCGAGUCUAAUCCUAGCUAAUGUAUUCUGUGAAGUUUAUGUUGGAUUCCAUGUGAAUAACUAUUACAAUUAGUUGAUGCCCCACUUGAUUCCAGUUUCAAAGCAUAAUUUGGAUUUGUACAAAACACAGUACUUAUAGCAGAGUGUUCUAGGAUGAGCCAAAGUAACGUUAUGUGAUGAGUUUGUCAUUAAAAGGUUAGGUGUUAACCAUUGCCUCUGUUUUUGUGUGAUUCUGAUGUACGGGCAACGAAAGAGUUUUGUGUUCACAUUCUACUCUUAACCUUUUCGCGAUUUCAAUUUGUGGCUUUUUCUUUCAUUUAAUCUUGCAUGCGUAAGGUUGCUUUGUGCCAAGCUCUACUCUAUAAAAUGUUUUUUCUCUUCCUCUUAUAGAAGUGAUGAGUCGGUUUGAUUUUGCAUUCUUUAGGUGCUUUUAUGGAAACGGAUGGUUAGCUGUGCUUAGGAUGAAAGCGGGAAUAAAAACUUUUUAACUUGAUUUGGUUUGAAGAAAAAAAGGAACCAAAUUGUUUGUUGAUGGAAAGUAAAGGACCCCAAGAAGAAAAAGGUUGGUCAGGAUAGGUCAUUGUGUAACUCGAGGGGAUAUGAUCAUGCUGUUGCAACUUUAGUUCGGGUAUUGAUUAGUUGAUGAAAUGACCAUAAACAUGACUCUCCAACUCCUUAUUUGAUCAUAAACUAAACUGUCCAUCCAUUCAUCAUGACUCUACAACCUAAGUCCCCGGCAUUUUUUCUAGUAACAUAAUAAUUCCUCCCUAUAAAUAUACGGACGGACAAGACUUUCUUCACUUCUCAACUAUCACAUACUCUUCCACUAAGGUCCUCAUAACAUAUCCUUCAUUUUCUCGUCUUUGCUGCUCCCCUGCUCUUCCUAUGGCAGAUUUCGAAGGAGUGAACAGAGAGGUGGUUUCCACCACUGCCAUUGCUGCGGAAAUCGGUCAACAGCUAGCUCCAUUACUUCACAGAAGACAGCACUUACUCCAUGAGUAUCAUGUUAACGCUGCUAUCUUGAAUAAUGGUCACGGAAAUCACCACACGCAAGAGUACAUCCAUGCUUUGCGUCGAGUUUCAUUUCUUCUUCCCAAACUCCACGUGGUGCACCAGAUGAUUCUAAAUUUGCAGCAAAUGGUGCCUCAUGAAGUAGGUCUGCUCCAGGUCCAGCUCCCCCAAGUCGAACUUCCUCCCAACAAUUGAUGGGUCUCUUGUUGGGCCUAAUUGACAAGGCUUUGUUGAAGUUAAUUCUGUGGGCUUGAGCUUUGUAGUCUGUCUGUUAGUUUAUUCUGUGGGCUUGGGUCAGUUUAUUCUGGGUCAGUUUAUUCUGUGGGCUUGGGCUUCGUAGUCUAUCUGUUAGUUAGAAGUGGGUUGCUGUUUAUUAGGAGUAAUGGGUGGAUGAACUGCGGAAUCUCUGCUGGUGGUUAGAGACAAGUAGAAGUAUUUAUGUAAUUGUUUUGCAUUCAAUAAAGUUUAUCAGUUUUGCUCGGUUAAUUAUACAACAUUGUGGUAUCAGAGCCUCUGCAAAACUAGAUCAAAGCCGUGUGUCUCGUUCUUUUUUCCGGCUACUUCCAGAGUUCCAGUAUAUCCCCUUCCGGCGUAUCUUCCAUCCAAUUUCAAGACGCACAGAAAGCGGAAAUCUCGAUUCUCGCGGGUUGUCAAACCUUUAAAGUCCCAGUCUCUGCCCGAGUUUGUUCCGAUCAGUCUUUGGUUCAUUGGCUCUCACAGUUCUUCCGAGGUACGGCCAUCACUUCCAAAUUGAUCCGCAGUUCCGAUUUCAGUCUUGCUAAUCUCAGUUUAUGCAUUUCGAGUUCCCAAUUGAUCGUCGCUGUCCGCGAUUGUGUCCAAUUGAUCGAUCGUUGGAGCGAUUGCUUCUGUUGGAAGAAGAUUGUUUGUGUUAGGGAUUUCAUCUCGCGUCAUUUCAGAAAAACCCUUUUCCAUCGGCUGCGGUUGAACUGUUGAAGUUGACUUCCAUAUUCGACGACCCUUUACUUAUUUCUCCCCCUUUUUCCCUGCAGGUGACUAGGGAUUCUGAACCGGCAUUGUACUGUGAUAGAAAGCAUGGUAAUGAUCCCGUGCUCAGUUGUGGGAAUUGUCAUCUGGGCGCGUUUCUGUUUUGCCAGUCUUGAACUGAUAGUCAAUUCCUUUGCCCCACAGAAUUACAUUAUUGGAGCUUUCAAGCCCGCAUGUAACAUAUCAAUCACAUUAAAUGACGCCAAGAUGCGGAAACAGGUAUGAAUUCCUUUCUUUGUGCUGCUACUGGAGUUUUGAGAUCACAUUGUGCAUAGAUGAGAAAGUACCCAUCCAAUUGAUGUGCCUAAACUGCUCUAAUUGAAAAUAAAAUAGCUAGGGUUGCUGGAAAUUGAAAGGAAUUGGGAAAUUUAGGGUUUUUGGUAGGUUAGAUGGAGGAAGAACCGCCACACCAACCGGUGGUAAGGUUCGGGGCAAGGCGCCACAACCAGGGGUUGAUAAGCCUAAGAAAUCACAAGGAAAUAUUUCUUGCAACUCUUGAAAACUCUUAUUGAAGUCUGAAUACUGAAUUGAAUAAAACUGAACUACAAGCCUUCUAUUUAUAGAGAGGCUAACCCAAUAGAAAAGACUUCCUUCUACACCUAGGAAACUGAGAAGUAAUAACUCUACUACUAGGAAACAAAUAACACUCAUACUUAAGAAAUUAAAUAAAGCUAAUUUAAUAAAAGACUCUUAAACCAACAUGGACAAUAAUUAAGCAUCUCCUCCAAAUCCUUGUUGGACAAGGAUAGUUGUAAGAAAUCCUCAAUUCUCAAUUAACCCGUAGGUCUUGUUUGUAGACCCAAAUUUUCACCCAUCUUGAAUGCUCUUAAACUCUCUUUAAACCUCCUAAUUUGUCUAUUGACCCAUGGUCCAUGUAGAGAUGUAAUUUGGAAUCGAAUUAGGUCAUGUAGGGUUGGUAUAAUCCCAUGGAUGUCAGGCUCCUAUGUACUUGGGUUGCCUUAUGGUCUUUACGAUAUGGGGAAGCUUUUCCAAUGUGCCAUUGUUUAGAUGCUUCUUAUUACCACAGGUUUUUGAAUAUUGAUCAUAAUGUCAGAUUCCUACCGAACAUAGCUGUAUCCCUAGGUCUCAAUCAAAGGCCUCGACUAAGUUGGAGAGGACCUUAUCAGCAUUUCUUUCCUUUACGGGGGUUUGAUAGAGCUGGUUAUCUAAUGCAAGGCUAGUAAGAAACCAGAGUUAUUGGCACGAGGUUGAUCUCACCAUGCAGAUGCAAACAUCUAUCCCGUCCUAGGUUCAAGACCUUGGAGCUAACAAUCAACUAUAAAGAGAAAAAUAAUGAGAACUAGUUAAUUUGCCGACGAGAGUCUUUAUCACGAAACGGCAUUGGAUAGAGAAGGCUUUUUUCUGUGUCUUGUCACACUGGGAACUGUGGUUUUCUCAGCAGUAUGACUUGUUUUUAAUUGUCUGCUAAUGUUCUCUUCUCUUGUCCGGUGGUAACUGUUUUUCUGUUUUUGUUGCUUUGCAGAGUUGUACUUUGACGGAGGCAAUUUUUAUGACUUUACCUCUCUUGGUGAGUACAAUUCUCUUUUUGAUAUGUUAUUCCAAGAUUCAGUCUCAUUCUUACCUUCUUGUCUCUCCUUUGGAGUUGGUUAUCAAAGGCCAAUCAUUCUGUUUAGUUCAAUGAAUUUGGCUUAAGCAAACCAUUGAUGACUUGAUUCCUUGCUUUGUGGGCAGUACGUGAACUGGAGGUCCCUGGAGAAUUAUACGAAAGGAAAACAUAUCCUUUUGAAUUCUCCACAGUAGAAAUGCCGUACGAGACGUAUAAUGGGGUGAAUGUUAGGCUCAGGUAUUUCUUUAUUUAUGUACUCUGGAGAUGAAUUUCUUCACUUGCGAAUUGGUUAAAAGUUUUAGUUGGAUUAGAUGCACCUUUGAGAAAGAUUGUGUUGAAGGAGGUAGAAUACGGCCUUUUGUUAUGGUUGCUUCUUAUAGGAUACUGAGGCAAACUCACCCAAGACGAUUUGGACAGGUGAAAUCUAGAUAUUAUUUCUAGGGUUUAUAAUUUAGAUGGCAAGGGAGACCUACUAUGAACAUGGUACAUAAUCCAUCAGAGUACAGGGUGCCUGUCAUACUUCACACGGAGUACUGUGUUUGUUUAUGCUCCAAAAAAUUAGGUCCUUCUAGGUGAUACCUGUUUUAUAGUGGCUCAAGUGCUUCGCCAGCAUAUUACUCAACAACUGGAAGUUUGUUUUUGUUUGCCCACUCAGUUAAUGAAGCAGUACUCCUGUUACCACAACAAAUAUCUGUCAUCAUG